CCCCCCUAUAAAAGCCGCCCGCCUCCGCCUCCCCCCGCACUCCAUCGCCUCGCCGCCGUUCCCCGCAACCCCUCUCGCGCGCCCUAAUCGCGCUCGGCCCGGCUCGUCGUCGCCCCCUCCAGACCUCCGCCCCGCAGCCGAGGUAGCAGCAUCUGUUCUGCUGCAGUCUGACAAAGUGGAGGGCUUAGGUGUUGCUGCUUCUUUUAUGUCUGAACAAUCUUUGCUUUAUUUGGGAUUGCUGGGAGAGUAUUCUCGUGCAACUAGAAAAAGGCACAAGCUUCCGUUCCACUGCAUGCAUCAAGAGCCCAUCUGGUCUUCUUGUUCUGAGGUGUCUUUUGCUGGUGCUCAGAGUCAGCCUGGUUUUCUCCAAGGAUCAGCAGCUCCUCUCGGUUCAGGAUUUUUCCACAUCUGAUAGCAUCUGCUUCAGAAAUCUUUAUCCAAGAUGGCGCUGCAAAACAUUGGUGCUUCAAACAGGGAUGAUGCCUUCUACAGGUACAAGAUGCCCAGGAUGAUUACCAAAAUAGAAGGGCGUGGUAAUGGCAUCAAGACAAAUAUUGUGAACAUGGUUGAUAUUGCAAAAGCACUUGCCAGGCCAGCUUCCUACACAACCAAGUACUUUGGGUGUGAGCUUGGUGCACAAUCUAAGUUUGAUGAGAAGACAGGAAUUUCCUUGGUUAAUGGGGCUCAUGACACUGCAAAGCUGGCUGGUCUCCUUGAGGUGUUCAUCAAGAAGUAUGUCCAGUGUUACGGUUGUGGCAACCCUGAGACCGAGAUUCUCAUCUCUAAGACCCAGAUGAUAUCACUGAAAUGUGCUGCCUGUGGCUUCGUCUCGGAUGUUGACAUGAGGGACAAGCUCACAACCUUUAUCCUGAAGAACCCACCAGAACAGAAGAAGGGAGGAAAAGAUAAGAAGGCCAUGAGGAGAGCUGAGAAGGAACGUCUGAAGGAAGGUGAGGCUGCUGAUGAGGAGCAGAAGAAACUGAAGAAGGAUGCGAAGAAGAAAGGUGCAUCUUCCAAGGAAUCCACUGCUAAGGUUUCAAAGAAGAAGGCUGCUGCUGCUGCUGGCUCUGACGAAGAUCAUUCAACGUCUCCAACUCGCAGUCGUGAUGGUGACAAUGCAGCUGCAGACGAGGAUGAUGAUGAUGAUGAUGUCGAGUGGCAGACUGACACUUCUUUGGAGGCUGCAAAACAACGCAUGCAGGAGCAACUGAGUGCGGCAACUGCUGAGAUGGUGAUGCUGUCCACUGAUGAGACUGAGAAGAAGAAGAAGCCGGCCACCCCUAAAGAAGCCACUGCUAAUGGUUCUGUGAAUGCCCAAGAGAGCUCUGAGCCAGCCGUCACUAAGCCCAGUCCCUACAAUGAACUGGUUGGAGACAUCAAGGCUAGCUUGGGAAGUGCUGCAACACCCACUCAGGUCAAGGCUGUGCUGGCAUCCUCAGCCCUCCCUCCCCAGGAUGUGAUGAACGCUCUCCUGGAGGCUCUCUUUGAUGGAGUGGGCAAGGGAUUUGCCAAGGAGGUGGUGAAGAACAAGAAGUACCUUGCUGCUGCUGUGCCUGAUGAGGGUGCCCAGACUGUGCUGGUCCAGGCCAUUGAGUCUUUUGGCGGCAAGUGCAGCCCCGAGGCACUGAAGGAGGUUCCAGUCGUUCUGAAAGCCCUGUACGAUGGAGAUGUGCUGGAGGAGGAAACCAUAGUGGAGUGGUACAACGCCGCCGUUGCUGCUGGCAAGAACUCGCAGGUCGUGAAGAAUGCCAAGCCGUUUGUGGAGUGGCUCCAGAGCGCCGAGUCUGAAGAAGAGGAUGACGAGUGAGACGCUUUGAUCUCACACAGCACUCCGCUGCUACUAUUUUAUCUUUGUGUCAUGCUUGUCUCGUGGUUGUCUUAUCUCGUAUGAUCGUGUCAGUGUCUUAUCUCAUGUGAUCGUGUCAGUCUCUUGUGUCCAGUCUCCACAGUUGGUGUUUGUCAGCGUCUUAUGCGAUUGUGUAAGCAGCGUACCUUAUGUUGUUAGUUGCUUGUGGUGUCAUGUGUCCGUUUGCGGCUACAUUCAGUGUGAUACUGUUUCACCUGUGGAUUGUUUAUUUGUCUUCAUGCUUUAGGGGUUGUUCAGGUUUGUUGUUU